CACAUAUAUAUACUUUAUCCCUCCCUUUGUUCUGUAUACCACACACACGCACACAUCACACACAAAAGAAAACAGCACCAUCCAAGAUAGCAGUAAAAAAAGAUACCCCUUCCUUUUGUUUCUAACCCCUUCAAUCUUUUAUAUAUAUAUUUUUCAUUAAAAAACUACAGAGAAAUGUACAGUCGUCAUUACUUGAAGACAAAAAAAGAAGAAGCGAAUUGUCCGCUUUUCUCUUCUUCCUUCCGCACAUACAAAAGAAAACAUGCCCAAGACGCCACCCUUGUUAUUGCCCACCACUUGUUUUGAGGAAGAAAAUGCGCAACAACAACAACAACAACCACAUGAUGACAGUGAUGACCAACUUGUCCUGGACGAUGAUCGUGCAUGGCAGAUGCUUGAAGACCAAGAAGAUACCAUUCUUGCUGCUGCUGUUGUAGGUGGAGUAGUGUCAUCGUCAUCACCUUCCCCAGAUUCUUUUAGACCAAUGCCACCAUCACCACCGCAGCCUUCAUCGUCGGCAUCGAUUAAAACUACUGCUACUUCUAAUACCGUUGUUGGUCUAUUCCAGCAGCAGCAUACAAUAAAAGCUGUGGUACAAGAUCAAAGUAACAACACUGACUGCAUGAACGGAGAAGGCAGCGACGCAAACAACGUUGAUGAUCACAUUCAUCAAGACCGAUCAUCGUCAUCACCUGAAGAUGACGACCCAUCUUCAAUGGAUGUUCCAGCCAUCAAUACCAAAGUCAAUGAGUUGGUUCAAGCACUUGUAGAUGCAAUGCAGCAGUCAACUGAAGAUCUUUGCCAAGCAGAGGGCGUCACACGAUCCAUGAUUGAUGGCUUGAAGGGAUAUCGCGAGUCGACGGCCGCGCGUGGCAGUCAGUUGGAACAAACAUGGCAAGACAUGCGCAUUUAUGCAGCGAGCAUUGCCGGACAUCGUGCCACUCCUCAACAACGUGUUUCGUUCGCGCAACAGCUUAUAAUGGAUGAUGGUAGCGACUAUGACAAUGAUGAUGGUAUCAGGGACAGCAGCAACAAUGAUAUGGUAUUUCAAUGACGAUAGUAAUAACAAUUGCAAUUCUAAAACAAGCCAAGAAAAAGAAUAAAUGAAUGAAUGUAUAUGUAUUGGCUACUGUUGUAUAGUAAUAGCAUGUGUAUGUUAUAGUGUGUACACCCUAUGCUCGUGACGUUUAGCAAAAACUCUAAAUAAUACUUUUUCUUUAAUUACAAAAUCCACCAAUCCAACUAAUCAACUCUUCUCUUUUUGCUCUCCUGCUCGUCCUGAUGCGGCUGACGAUCUUCUCCUUCUUGCUGUUGAUAAUUCUCCAACUUGAUAUCGUUCAAGC